CGGCGCCGGGGACGCGCCGGGGACGCGCCGGGGUCCCGCAGCCCCGCACCCUCCCCGGGGCCAUGAAGGUGAAGGUGAUCUCCGUGCUGGAGGACAACUACAUGUACCUGGUGAUCGAGGAGAGCACCCGCGACGCCGUGGCCGUGGACGCCGCGGUCCCCAAAAGGCUGCUGGAGAUCAUCAGGAAGGAGAACGUGGUGCUCAGGGCCAUCCUCACCACCCACCACCACUGGGACCACGCCAGGGGCAAUGAGGAGCUGGCGCAGCUCUUCCCCGGCCUGCGCGUGUUCGGGGCUGACGAGCGCAUCGGGGCCCUCACGCACAAGGUCACCCACGGCCAGGAGCUCACGUUCGGGGCCAUCAGGGUGAGGUGUCUCUUCACCCCGUGCCACACCUCGGGCCACAUGUGCUACUUCAUGUGGGAGGACGAUUCCCCGGAUGCUCCGGCUCUCUUCUCAGGUGACACCCUGUUCGUGGGGGGCUGCGGGCAGUUCUUCGAGGGCACGGCGGAGCAGAUGCACACCAACCUCACCCAGAUCCUGGGAACCCUGCCCGAGGACACGAAAAUCUUCUGUGGCCACGAAUACACCGUCAGAAACCUCAAAUUCGCCUUGAAGGUGGAGCCAGAGAACGAAGCGGUGAAGGAGAAGCUGGCGUGGGCCAGGCAGCGCGACGACCAGGACCUGCCCACGGUGCCCUCCACGCUGCACGAGGAGUUCCUGUACAACCCCUUCCUGCGGCUCACGGAGGAGCCCGUGCGCAGGUUCACGGGCAGGACGGAGCCCGUGGAGGUGCUGAGGACGCUGCGCUCGCUCAGGGACAGCUUCAAGAAGCCCAAGGAGAGGCCAAACCCCCAGGCCAUGCUGGCCUUCGACUGGGGGCUCCUGGGGCCCCUCCUGGAGAAGAAGUGACGUCCCCGCGGUGCCAGGGCCCGCUCCUGGCCGUGCCCAGCCGGGAUUCGCGCCCAGCUGCGGAUGGGUUUUGUCUUUACCCCGCUUGUGUGAGGCUGCUCUGCUCGGCUGCCCCUCUGGCUCCGUGCCCAGCUCCUGGCACUCCCUGUGGAGCAGCACCUGGAUCCCUCUGGAGAGCCCAGGCUGUGGCCUUGGUGGCAGCUCCCGGAGUUGAUUUCAGGGAUUUUCACCUGUGGACCGUGAACGUCUUUGCUGCCGCUGGAGUUUGGGGCUUUUUCCCUGCGCUACAAACCUGACCAAGCUUUUCCUUUUUUUCUUCCCCUUUUAUGAAGUUAUAGUUUGGAUUUACUUCCCUGCAUGGAAGGGGAGAGGAUUUAUCCAGCAGCAAAACCUCCCUGGCACCAGGGCCAUCAUGCCCUCGGUGCUGGGCCGCUGGCAGAGGGCCAGGACACGGCCUGGAGCAGGGCACACUCCGGGAUCUGGGGUCAGUGCGGGAGCUGCCAGCUGCCCUCCCACGGAAAGGAGCCGAGCAAGGGCAGGGAAAAGCGGGAACGCUCAGGGAUCCCCACGGAGCACCCGGGGGCUGCACGCCAGUCCCAGGGGUUGUGUGGUGGAAUAGGAAUUGUCUGGAACUCCUGGGAGCUCUCCUGACCCUGCCUGUCCCGCUCCGGCCGCCCUGGGCACGGACACUCGGAUCCCCUGGGAAACUGGGAAUGCGCUGGUGGCACCAGCACCCACCCACCUCCAGCCCUGGGCUGACAAACCCCUCACACAGCAGGCUUUGGAUGGGAUUUUCCCCUUUUUCCCUGUUUGUUCCUAGGUCCCACAGGGAUUUGUGGCCCAGUCGCCGCCUUGGGGAGCCCAGGGAGCGUGUGGGGUGUCCAGGUGGGGCCCGGGGUCUGCCCCAGGACGGGAUUUCCCAAGGUGGGGACAGAUUUUAGGCAGCCAAGGACAAAGUGCUGCCAGGCAUCCCUUGCUUUUUGCUUUCCCCCCCCCGCCAAGAUAAAAACUGGGAAAGGCUCGGUGCCAACUCCACGGACAUUGUCCUCAAGAGCCAGGGAGCACCUGGGGCUCCCCAACCUUCACUUGGUGCAAAACCAGGGCUUUUUGGUCAUUUUUAAGUGAGAAAGGAGCAGAGUUCUGUUUGCAGCUGUGGGGAGGCACUUCCCACCGGUGAAGUCAUUCCCUUUAGGGUUUUUGGUUUUGUGGAGAAAAUGAGAGUUUGAUGGCAGCUCCCGGAGUUGAUUUCAGGGAUUUUCACCUCUGGACUGUGAACGUCUUUGUUGCCACUGGAGUCUGGUUUGGGGCUUUUUUCCUGUGCUACAAACCGGACCAAGGUUUUUCCUUUUUUUUCCCCCUUUUAUUAAGUUAUAGUUUUGAUUUCCUUUUAAUUUAUCCAGCUGCAAAAUCUCCCUUGGUACCGUGGCCUGAAUUCCUCAGCUGCCAUGAAAUGCUGGAGUUGUGGAUGUUCCCUGCGUGUUCCUUUGGGAUUUUAUUUGUCCUGGGGGCUCCUGUGGGUUUGAAGCAGCCCUGAGCCUGCUCCACACCUCCAAGCUGGGAGAAAUUCCUGGUGCCAGAACAGGGAUCCUGGGGGUGUGACCAGUUCCUUUAUUAUUUGAUUUCAUUUCCAGCUAAUUUAGCUUCAACUGAUUGUGCAUUUCUGGGCUGACUCCAGGCUGGGGCCUCUCCCUGCCCACAUUUCCCAGGGAUUCAGCCAAAUCCCUGCAUGGAAAAAGGGAAUUCCCUGGAAGCACCGAUUUGCAGCGGGGGGAGCUCGAUGCCUUGGAACACUGUGAGGUCAUUAAUGACCAGCCACGGCUGAGGAAUGGAAAGCUUUGCAUUAAAAACGUGAAAAUCA